AUGCUUCACGUCCUUCCUCCUCAAUCUGUCGACGCACCUCCUCCCUAUUCGAGGACCCCUUCGGCCCAUUCCUCUCCCUCUAGUUCGGCGACCAGUAGUCUAUUCUCGGUCUCGUCCGACCCAGAAGAUGGUUGCAUAUAUAGAUAUCCAUCAAAGGCUGUUUCUUUGAGCUUCAACCAAGUUAGGCAUGAUGGAAUCAGGCUUCCAGCGUAUGGACGGGAAGGAAUUAUUUCAGGAGAAGUGUAUUUGCGCUCAACUGCCCACAUCGAAAGCAUUACCUUAUCGCUUCGAGGUGAAAUAAAAACUGUAAUUGAAGGCACGUGUAGGCCAACAUUACACUCAACCACGGUAUUACUCGACCAACAUAAUAUCCUGUGGUCCGUGUAUGCUCGAGGACAUCCCGUUCCACUGCCGAAUCUGUUGCCAUUUUCUAUGGUCUUUCCAACGACCGGGAAGGACGAAGAAACACCCUUACCGCCUUCUUUUAUCGGCGCAGUAUCAGAAGGACACGUUCGAGUUAGGUACAAGGUUGUUGUUACUGUGCAUCGCACGGGUUGGCAUCAUAGUUCCUCGGUCGAGACCGAGGUAUUCUAUCUACCUCUACCUUGUGAAGGAAAUGAGUUUCUUCCAUCACUCGAGUCGACUUCAGAAGAACCGCCCGUAGAAUCUCCGUUUGAUAUGAGGAUAAUUAAGCUGGUCACUCGUCGGAUAGCCGAGGGAAAGUCCGAACUCUCCCAUGUCAAUGCGCACUUUGCAUAUCCAUCACUGGUUUCUCUUUGCCAUAGCAGAUCGAUACCCUUUAACCUAUGGCUGUCGUCUUCGGGGCAUCCGAUCGAAACACUAUUGGCCCUUGCGCCGCAUAUAUCUAUACGGUUGGUUCGAACCGUCAGUGUAACCGCACGAGGCUCGACCGUGAGCGAAGAAAACAUUGUGGCCCACCAGACCCUCCGCACAUCGGACAUGCUGAAUAAAACGGAAAGUCGUGGCCAGGUGUUGAGUUUCACCGGAAACGUGGAGAUACCAAGGGAGAUUUGGAGAAGUUGGACAGUCCCGCGAGCGGCAAGAGUAUCUUACUCGCUUAGAGUUUCCUUGCCAUCAACCAUAGAACCAGAGGUCGCAUAUAUUGAUCAUAAAGUUAUGGUCGCAUUCGUCUCGGGAUCUGGUAUUGCGAUUGAGCACCCAGAUGCCCCGGACCUUGAUGCGAUGCCAAGUCCCGCUGCAUUACUGAAAAAGCAUACCGUCUAUAUGCCAAUGCGCGUCUGA